CAUCUACUCUCUUCAAUUGCCCUUCUCAAUUCUACAUUUUUCACAAUGGCCGAUUCCAGCGAGUCCCGGUCGGUCGCGCGGGCCACCAAGCCCGUCAGUGAGGCUUUGCUUAACGAGAAGUGGGACCGUGCCAUCUCUUCAAUGAUCAUCAAGUCUUCCCUCGGCCUCUCCUUCGGUGUUGUCUUCUCAGUGCUCCUGUUCAAGCGGAGAGCUUGGCCCGCUUGGGUUGGUCUUGGUUUCGGUGCCGGUCGUGCCUGGGAGGAGUCUGAUGCUUCUUUCCGCCGCGGUGGCUCGUCCAUCACUGACGCUCUGCGCCGGUAAACGGUUGCCAAUGUGUUCCCCAUCGUGUACGAUACUGUACAGAAGACGGGAGAUCGGUGCCGGGGUUCUUUAGAGAUAACAAAAAUCCUAGACCGAUAUCCAGUAUUGUGACCAGUCGGUCAGCGUCCACUGCUUCGGCAUUGAAGGCGUUUUUUUCUUUGUCGUUUGGCCGUUUGAGCUUUUAUAUGUGUUAGUUCAAUGGAUCCUGUUUUCCGAAUUCUGAGAUUGUGCUCGAGUGUUGCACGUGUU